AUGGCCACCCUUCUCUUCCUCCUCGCUCUCGCCCUCCUUCUCGUCCUCCCCGCCUACAUCGUCUACAAGCCCCCGGCUUUCGUCAUCAACCAUUUCGCACGGAAAUGGCCUGACGUGCUGUGGCAGGUCCAGACCAAGGAUAAGAUCAUCGGCCUCACCAUCGAUGACGCGCCCUCACAGCACACACCCGAGAUCCUCAAGAUCCUGAAGGAGAACGAUGCACACGCGACCUUCUUCCUCAUCGGCUCGCAGAUGAAUGGUCACGAGGAUGAUAUGGGAGACAUAAUCAAGGCUGGCAGCGAGCUAGGGAACCACGCCAUGCACGACGAGGCCUCGCGGUCGCUACCGGUUGGCCAGCUCGAGGCCGAGAUACUCGAAGUGCGGCGGAAGAUCAAGAACCUUUACGACUACGAGGAUGUACCCAUGCCGGCCAACUACUUCAGGCCAGGCUCUGGCUUCUUCAGUGACAGGAUGCGGAGGCUGAUCGACAAGCUGGGUUACAGGAUGGUUCUGGGCAGCGUUUACCCCCAUGACGCUCAGAUCAGCAAUUGGAAGCUCAACGCCAAACACAUCUUAAGCAUGGCACGGCCAGGCGCCAUCAUAAUCUGCCACGACAGGAGAAGUUGGACUAUUCCGAUGCUGCGGAAGGUGCUGCCGGAGUUGAAACGACGAGGCUACCGUAUCAUGAAUUUGACAGAGUUGUUAAAGGAGGUUGACACCGACAGAUGA